AGGAAAUGAAGUUGGAAUUGAAAAAGAUACAAUAAUGGGUCAUGAAUUUAUGGGAAUUGUGAACGAAGUUGGAAGUAGUGUUAAUGAUUUUAAAGUUGGUGAUAGAGUUUUGUCACCUUUUACUACUUGCUGCGGGGAGUGCUUUUAUUGUUGCCGUGGUAUGACUUGUCGAUGUGAAAAAGUUCAAUUAUUUGGAUGGGUUGAAAAUGGUUACGGACUUCAUGGAGGUCAGACAGAAUACAUUCGCGUUCCAUUAGCAUCUUCAACUCUCGUCAAGGUUCCAGAUGAAAUUUCUGAUAAUACGGCAUUAUUACUUGGUGAUGUAUUAAGUACCGGUUAUUUUUGUGCUGAAAAUGGAUUGAAAGAAUUAGCACCUCAAUUAUCCUAUCUAAAACAAUACAAGCUGGAUUAUCAAAAAAAAGAUGAAUAUGAUGAUAUUGUGGUGGUAGUUGUCGGAUGUGGACCAGUUGGAUUGAUGUCUAUUGCAUCUGCAAUCUACUUGGGUGUUAAGAAUAUAUUUUCAGUUGAUAGUAUUCAAGAAAGAUUGGAGCUUGCAAAAGAUUUUGGUGCGACGCCAAUUCAUUUAAUUGAGGAUAAUCCGAUCGAAAGAAUUAAAGAGAUCACUAAUGGGAGAGGUGCCGAUAUUGUCUUGGAGGCCGUAGGCAAUUCAUCAGCACUUGAUUUGUCAUUUAAAUUACUCAGACCUGCUGGUGUAUUAUCAAGCAUCGGAUUGAAUACUUCAAAUCUGUUUCCAUUCAGUCCUACGAACGGUUACGACAAAAACCUAAAAUACAUAUCCGGACGUUGUCCAGUUCGUCGAGUGUUGACAAAAACCAUUCCAUUUGCAUUAUCAAAAAAAUUUAAUUUUGAAAAAAUUAUUACACAUGAAAUGAAAUUAUGUGAUG